AUGUCUUCUCGCCCACCCGUCUACAUUGUUUCCGUUGCACGGACCCCCGUUGGCUCAUUUCUAGGAGCUCUAUCCAGCCUGACUGCCCCUCAGUUGGGAUCCCAUGCGAUCAAGGCCGCGCUCCAACGCGUCCCUGAAAUCAAACCUGAAGAUGUCGAAGAGGUGUUCUUUGGAAACGUCAUUUCUGGAAAUGUUGGACAGAACCCUGCCAGGCAGUGUGCGCUCGGUGCUGGCCUCUCCGACUCGACCAUCUGCACCACCCUUAACAAAGUAUGCGCCUCCGGAAUGAAAGCCGUGGCCCUCGGAGCCCAAACAAUUAUCACCGGGAAUGCCGACAUUAUUGUUGCUGGUGGAACCGAAUCCAUGUCUAAUGCGCCCCAUUAUAUCCCCAAUAUGCGAACUGGCGCCAAAUAUGGCAAUCAAACCCUGAUCGAUGGCAUCAUGAAGGAUGGACUCACCGACGCUUGGAAGCAAGAAAUUAUGGGGCUUCAAGCCGAGGAAUGUGCUGAGGACCAUGGUUUCAACCGACAACAGCAGGAUGACUAUGCUAUUCAUACUUAUGAACGUGCACAGGCAGCCCAAAAAGCCGGGCUUUUCGAUUUUGAGAUCGCGCCCGUCGAAAUCCCUGGUGUCAGGGGCAAGCCGGCUACCAUUGUUGACAAGGACGAGGAGCCAAAAAAUCUGCACCACGAAAAGCUCCGGGCUAUUAAACCCGCCUUUAUCCCCAACACCGGCACUGUCACCGCCCCCAACUCCUCUCCUCUCAACGACGGCGCUGCUGCCAUCGUUCUUGUCUCCGAAUCCAAGUUGAAAGAACUUAAUAUUAAGCCCCUCGCCAAAAUUCUCGGCUGGGCUGAUGCUGCCAAACAGUCUAGCAAAUUCACGACUGCCCCGUCUUUGGCUAUUCCUAAGGCUCUCAAGCACGCUGGCGUUGAGCAAUCUGCGAUUGAUGCAUUUGAGAUCAACGAGGCAUUUAGCGUUGUCGCGCUGGCUAAUAUGAAGCUCCUUGGCCUUAAUGAGGAUAAAGUUAAUCUUCACGGUGGUGCUGUUGCCAUUGGCCACCCUCUUGGUGCAAGCGGCGCCCGUAUUCUUACCACUCUAUUGGGUGUGUUGCGACAGAAGAAGGGUAAGCUCGGCUGCGCUGGUAUCUGCAAUGGUGGUGGUGGAGCCAGUGCAAUGGUUAUUGAAUAUUUGCAGUAA